AAUUCGAUUAAGCUGAUGAUUGUUGGAGACUCGAUUACGCAUGGACAUGAGGGCGACUUCACUUGGAGAUAUCGAUUGUGGGAGUGGAUGAAAAGCACCGAUAUCUCUUUCUCAUUUGUUGGGCCAUACACAGCUCCGCUCGCUCCGGAAGAAAUUCACUCUAGCAAGCCCAUACCGACCCAAAAGGAUAUCAAUGAUUAUCCUCGAAUUGAGUGGGGAUAUGCUGAAAAUGCGUCAAAGAGCUUUGAUGCGCAUCAUUUCGCUACCUCUGGCUACAAGGCUGAGCUUGCUCGGCAUGCUGUCGCAGCACAAGUCAAGGCGAACGAUCCUGACCUUUUGCUCAUAAUGCUUGGCUACAACGAUCUUCAAUGGACUAAGGCGCCCUUCACCUAUUUGCUCCCUACAAUGAAAGCUUUGAUCGACAAUGCUAGAGCGGCGAAGCCAACUCUUCAAUUUGCCAUCGGCAACAUCAUAGAGAGAACGAUCUUCAGACAAGACAUACACGAAAACACCAUGGUAUACAAUGAGCUGUUCAAGGACGCUAUUCCGAGCUGGAGCACAGAACAGUCACCGGUCUUUCACGUGGACGUGGCUUCCAAGUAUACCUGCGGACCUUAUCGUCCUUGUCCCGCAGCUUUCGAUGGACUCCAUCCGAAUGCACUCGGAGAAUAUGAGAUUGCUAGUGCUUUUUCUGAGGCUCUGGCGCGUGAGAUUGGCAUCGGCAAGGAGCCACUUCGCAUCCCCAAGACUGUCACCGACAGAGCUAUGCCGCCUCCUGUAGUCCUACGAGCUUUUGGCAAUGCAGCUGGUGCAACACUCACUUGGGACCGAAUCUAUGGAAUUACUGAGUACGAGGUCGCUUCGCGCAUCGAAGGGCAGGACUGGAACACUGGCAUGUUAACGUCGAAUCGC